UUGAAUUGGUUUCGAUGUGUUUGGGAAUAAAGCGCGAACACUUUAUAAAUAGGUUUCGUCGCCCCUUGGAUGUGGUGCAGCCCGUGUGCGCUCCUCUCCUCCUCCUCCUCCUCCUCCUGUUCUCCUCCUUAUGUAGUGUAGAGUGGGUCAGCUCCGCAGUUAUCCUGCUCCGUGCUCUCCGCCGCCUUUUACGCGCACACGCCUGCAGAAACACCGAUCGCGUCUCAGUGGCCACAACAUGGCCCAGACAACACUGAGUCCGCUCAGGUGAUCUGUUUCUUACUUUAUUUGUUUUCAGAGGAACACAUUUUGUUGUUGUUCCCCUCUCUCUUUCUCUCUCUGUGUGAUUUUGGUCAGAAUGCGGGACGCGCGCUCGGUGCGCGGCGCGGAUCCCGCGGUGCGCUCCCCGGUUGUGGCCGCUUGAUCAAAAGGGAGAUCCCGUGGCUCCCUUUUCUUUUUUCUUUUCCCUGAGGAAGAACAAGAGGAGUUUGCAUGCAAAAGGUGGUUUAUCUCGGCAAGCCAUGGAGGGACUUGCCUAAAGAGGAUCCAACAUAACUCAGAUUAUUCUUUUCUUCUUAUUUUCCAUCACAACACCUUAAGUCACCUUUUCCAUCACCAUGGCUGAGAAGCUCGGACCAGCAGGUCUCAAGCUUCCUAACAACAGAACCAGUCAGUCCCUGCCCCCUGAACCCAUCGACAUCAUCCGCACCAAAGCCCGAUCCCGCAGAGUCCGGCUUAACGUAGGGGGUCUGAACCACGAGGUCUUAUGGCGGACUCUGGAUCGACUUCCCAGGACCCGGCUUGGCAAGCUGCGAGACUGCAACACCCAUGAGUCCCUGAUGGAGGUGUGCGAUGACUACAGCCUCAACGAGAAUGAAUACUUCUUCGAUCGGCACCCGGGGGCCUUUACAUCCAUUCUGAACUUCUACCGCACGGGCAAACUGCACAUGAUGGAGGAGAUGUGUGCCCUGUCGUUCGGUCAGGAGUUAGACUACUGGGGAAUCGACGAGAUCUACCUAGAGUCCUGCUGCCAGGCCCGUUACCACCAGAAGAAGGAGCAGAUGAACGAGGAGCUGAGGAGGGAGGCAGAGACGAUGAGGGAGAGGGAGGGAGAGGGAGAGUUUGAUAACACCUGCUGUCCAGAGAAGAGGAAGAAGUUGUGGGAUCUCCUGGAGAAGCCCAGCUCAUCCGUGGCUGCCAAGAUUCUAGCCAUCAUAUCCAUCUUAUUCAUCGUUCUCUCAACCAUCGCUCUGUCUCUCAACACCUUACCGGAGCUUCAGGUGACUGACGAAUAUGGCCAGGCCACUGACAACCCUCAGCUGGCACACGUUGAGGCCGUGUGCAUUGCCUGGUUCACCAUGGAGUACAUCCUUCGUUUGCUGUCUUCUCCAAACAAAUGGAAGUUCUUCAAAGGUCCACUGAAUGUCAUUGACCUGUUGGCCAUUCUGCCCUACUAUGUCACCAUCUUCCUAACAGAGUCCAACAAGGGUGUGCUACAGUUCCAAAACGUGCGUCGUGUGGUGCAAAUAUUUCGGAUCAUGAGAAUAUUAAGGAUCCUGAAGCUAGCCAGGCACUCCACCGGCCUCCAGUCUCUUGGGUUCACUUUGAGAAGGAGCUACAAUGAAUUGGGACUGUUGAUAUUAUUUCUUGCCAUGGGCAUCAUGAUAUUUUCCAGCUUGGUCUUCUUUGCUGAGAAAGACGAAGAUGCCACCAAGUUCACCAGUAUUCCUGCUUCAUUCUGGUGGGCCACCAUUACAAUGACUACUGUGGGUUACGGUGAUAUUUACCCACAGACUUUACUGGGAAAGAUUGUCGGUGGGCUCUGUUGCAUUGCUGGAGUACUAGUCAUUGCCCUACCCAUUCCCAUUAUAGUCAACAAUUUCUCUGAGUUCUACAAGGAGCAGAAGAGACAGGAGAAAGCCAUCAAGAGAAGGGAAGCACUAGAGAGAGCCAAGAGGAACGGCAGCAUUGUGUCUAUGAACCUUAAAGAUGCCUUUGCCCGCAGUAUGGAGCUGAUGGAUGUGGUGGUGGAAAAAGGAGAGGGUAAAACCUCACUGGACAACCACCUGUCACCUAAUCGUUGGGGAGUCACAGCCAGGCAUGCUUCUUCUGAAACCAACCUGAGGUCUCCAGAAAAAAGCCAUCCAGAGACUCUGUUGCAAAGCCCCCCCCACCAUAUAACCAUCACCACCACAGGAAGCCCCCAGCGGAUCAGCAGGACCCCCCAGCACCUUAACGUCCAGAAACUGGAGGAGAUGUACAACCAGAUGUCCAAGUCACAAUCCUUUACAAAUCUCAACACAACAAGCUCCAUGAGCACUAUGAGCACAACUAUGACUGCACCGCUGUCACCCAAGAAACCUCAUAGUCCUGAUUCUGCAUUAAAAGAGGAGGUGGAGUUGGAAAUGACAGAGGUCCCACCCUCCUCUGUGGAUAACCAUGGCAGCUGCUCAGCUGAUGACAGAAAGCAGGGCCCUAACUCAGGUGAGGAUGGAUCCAAGUCAUAUCAGCUCAGACACCCCAGAGUCCCGCUCCCUUUGGACCUUAGCCAUUUGCCAGCUGGGAAUGACCAAAGGUCUACUGGCUCUAUGUUCAAGGAUAACCUCUAUGAAUCUGACUUCCUCAAGCCAAGUGAAUGCUCACAACUCCAUAUAGAGGAAGGUGAGAGGUUUGGCAGUGCUGUGGACAACACACAAAGUCCUUCUAGAGAUAACAACCCUCUCAUAAUAAAAGAGUUAAAGGUGAACUUCACCAAACCCUCAGCAGAAGGCCCACUAACACCUCCCAGCACUACCUCUCCGGGGGACAUCAGCUCCAGCAUCCUGGAAGAUGAGUCUCCAGAGGGAGAGACCUCACCACUCAUUCCUAGCUCAGAGGACCUGGCCCCAGCCAAAGUGGAGGAGACAUGCUCCUUGUCUCCUAAGAGGCUGAUGGUAGACACGCCACCUGGCGAUGAAGAUCAAUCCGCAGAGAACCUCGAGGAGAAGCAUCUGGUGGCAGUAGCAGGUGCAGCAGUGACUCCGUUGUCACCUAAGAGAGCAGCACAAAAUUGCACUCAAGGUGUGGUUGGUGCAAGCGAGGAGGUCAAGGCUGAUGGCAACCAAAGUGGACACAUAGUAGAAAACCAUAUGUUUACAUCUGAUAUCCACCUGUUACCAGGGGAUGGCAGCCUCUCACCCACCUGUGAAUCUGGUAUGUGACUGUCAGGGAAGCUCUGAGGGGACAAUAAACCAGUGCAACCUCAGUCUGGUGUGCAGGAAAUGAACAAGAAACACAGUGGUGCAGUUCUGAAGGAAAGAUAUUUUUGCAUGGCAUGACAAGUCCAUUUUACAUUUGUUUUUGUGUAUUUGUGCAGAUUUGAGAUUGACUUUGGGACAAAUCGAGAGUUCAAAGGCUCUCGAAAAUCUAUUUAGACAAUUUAGACCUCCUGAUGUACAUAAUCUUUUUUUUCUAUCACGGAAGGAUUUGCGCACAGGGACUCACCUGUAAAAAGCAUGCUUUUAAAAAGACAGAUAUUUUACGGUGCUUAGUUUGCUGAAAGCACUCCACUGUAAAUACCAGGAUAUCUAAGGCAAUGUCAAUGCACAGGAUGGCAAGCUUUCUGAGAAGGUGCACAUAUUUGUAAUGUGAAAAGGGAUGGGUGGGGGUGGGGGGUGUGAAUGGAAAGCCCUUAGACUGGGUAUUGCAUUGUAGCGAUUUAUUUAAAAAAAAAAAAACAACAACAACAACAACAUAUCAUUACAUUUUGUGGAAAUGCAAAGUGUUCCCAUGAUGACCCUGUAAUGUUUGUGUGGAAAAAAAAAAGAUGUAUCAAAGUGUAAUGUUGACAUUAUUGGUUUUGGUUUUCACAAUGAGUGUUGAAGUUUCAGUUGGCCAUGCAUUAUCAAAGAAGGUAAAAAGGAUUGAAUCACUUUUAUUCCUCAAAAAGCAUACACAGUAGUUGCCAAAUAUAACCAGAAAAGAUAUGAACUAUCAAAUACUAAAUCAUAAAGAAUAUAUUAGUAGAUUUAAGAAUCAAAUAAGUAGGUCUAGAUUGGUUCUACAGUAGACUCCAUAAAACAAUAAGACUAUUAAUUCAGCAGAUUAGAUCCGGUCAUUAAUCUCUAUUAUAUAUGUAUGCUUUACAGUGUAAUUAUCUAUUUUUGGCAAAUUAAAAGUGACAUCUACCACAAUGAGAUGAGAAAUUUCCAUGUAAUAUGAAUGGACCAAAUCAAGCACACUGAUAAGCUUUCAUCUAUUGCUGCAGCAUCGUAACAUGUACAGAAAAUAAUGUAUUAUGACAAAUGUUUGGGGGGUUUCUUGGCUUAUUUACCUGCAUUGUGUUCACUGUCGUAUCCUGAGCAUCUGGAUGUCAUUGCUGACAUUUGUUCUCACUACUGCAUGUUUAUCCGAUCCUGCUGGUAAGUUUAAGACAUCUUUUUUGUAUAUCCAUUGAGUCUUGGACUGUAACUUAUUGUUUUAUUGUGAAGACCAUUUUCAGUCAAACUUAAACCCAAAGGAUUUUUUCUUUUCUUUUUUUUUUUUUUUUUUUUUUUUUUUUUGGAUAUGUUUUACACUGACUGAAAAGGUCUGUAUGUUGCCUUUCUUUAUUAUUCUGGAAUAUUUAUUAUGUUGGCACAGCCCUUGGCUGAGCGUGCUCAUUGUGUGUUUGCAAAAGGCACACAAACCUGAAUGGUAUUUGUUGGAAUUAAGUGGGCAAAUUAUUUAUUGCUUUGUCAGUAUAUUUCAUUGUCUUCUUUCUUUUUCUUUGUUACCAUCAUGCUUUCUUUUGUUUCUUUGUUUCUUCUCACAGAGAGGCGUGGAAUGUGCAAUACUGCAUACUGCAAUCUAUGCAGGCCAAGAAUUGUGGCACUUUAUUUUCUGUCAAUGGGAUUUGUAAAUGUACAGGCAGAAAUGACUUGUAUUUUUUCAAAUGUAAUAUCUUUAAUAUGAGGCAAACAGUAUGACAACUACGGGAAUCUUACAAACAAUGCAAAUGACAAUUUGACUUUUACUUUUUCAUGUUGUAUAGCAGGCAUAUGCUGUUAAGCACCUUAAUGCCAGAUAUCAAUGGACCUCAAAGUUAUGACUAUCUGUGGAAUAGGUAUCCAAAUUGACCACUAGGGCCUUUUAUAUUACUGUUAGAUUUGCAUAAAAAUCUGACCUAUGUCCGUAGAAGAUAUUAUCGUUUCAACGGCCACACACAACCACAAAGGAUUUUAUGUUUUUUGUGAAUUAACACUGAAAAUGAGUCUAUUUUUUCUAAACCAAAAUGGAGCACGACCACAAUUUCCUGCCAUAUGGUGGUUGAAAUGAUAGAUGCCUUUUCAUAACACAGUUGUUUAUGAGAAGGUAGCAAGUCAUUUUGCUUUGUUCAUAUAGCACUGUACAGAAAAUUCUAAUUUUAUAGGAAAAAUCAGGUCUUUAUGUAAUAGAUAAAAGUUGUUGAGUUCUCAGGUUUUCUAUAACUCUCUGGUGUUCUGAUUGGAUAGAUUCUGUUUUUCUUUAACAGCUAAUGUCAACUUGUAAUUUCUGUACUUUUUGAAAGGUGAUGUUGUCAAAUCCACAUUGGUGUCUUGGCUCCAGGAAUAAGGAGCAGCGAUGUUUCUUCCUCCUCCUGGGUAUUCUGUGUACCACAUUUAGUGUUCAUCCCAGUUUCCCUUUAGUGAGGCAGGAAGAAGGACAAACAUGACAGAAUUUAUGGACUAGGGAGAGUCUCAAAGAACAAUGUGAUCGUGCAUUCCCAUGAUGCCUCCAAAAUUUAGCAAAUGCCAAAGAAAAAGUCUAGUUCUCACCCUCAUAAGCACUUUGAGGUGACUUUUGUUCUAAUUUGACCCUACAUACAUAAACUGAACUGAGGGUUUCAUAUGACUUGCCAUUAUAACCAAUACUGAAAGCACUGAUUAAAAAUUUUAAAUAAAUUAAAAAUAAAUUAAAAUACAUAAAUAAAACAUCUUUGAUUUUCAAAAAUGUAAUAAUGUUUGAAAUUUGUCCAGAAAUAUUUCUGAUUAUUUUAAUAAUGUAAUCAGAAAUAAUACAACAAAACCAGGGCAGAUUUUCAGAUAUGGUAAUGGCUGAUUGCAGUUUAUGAGAUUAUAGGUUGAUAAAUUAACAUUACAAAAUACAAUAAAGGACGCAUUGUCAUACCCAGAAGGUUAUGAUUCUGCCUUAAGGUGAUCUUGCCAGUUGAAAAGUAUGCUAGCAGGUUUCUAAAUCACCUAAAUAGCAACGUGUGAAGAUUAAGGUCAAAUAACCUUUAAACGAGAGGACACAUGACAAAGUGAAUUCAUGUUACGCCUAAAACAAACCCAAUGAUUAAUUAAGAGACUAAAUCACUUGGCACCAUAACCUUUACUUUGCCCUCAGAUUACGUGCUCUGUGUAAAGUUUAACGUGGAAUUGGACAGGUCCCCCCCCGUCCCUAUAAUGCACUGCAGAUCAUCAGGAGGAGUCCCAACAUGUUUCACAUAAUUAUUGUAAAACCGAUUAGUCACUCUUGCUAAUAAUACAUAGCAUUUGGCUAAGAUAGUGAGUUAACAGUAGUUGCGAGCUUGAUUAGUCUCUCACACUAGUAUUCUCCCUACUGCAUAUAGGGGGCGCACUAUUUGAUUUUGCCUAGGUUGGCCGAUCAACGUAUUUCAGUCUCCAGCUCCUUUGUAACCUGCUAUGUAUAUUCAGAAAGCUACUGCUAAUAUAUCCUUUUUGACAAAAUCCAUGAAAUAAGACUAAAUAAGUUUGGAUAAGCACAAAAGCAAAGUCCAUUCAGCUGCUCACUUGUUUUCACUCGGGGUCAACACAGCAAAUCCGAGGUGGAUCU